AUGUCGGAAUUAUUCAGGAGGUAUAAACAAACUAGAGAAAGCAAUGGAUUAGGAAGAUCAGAACCUCCACCACUACCAUCUUCACAACAAGAACAACAACGAGAUUCGUCGUUAUAUCCAAGUAUGAGAAGUUUAGAUGAUUCAAUAACACGAAGAAGAAGAACUACAGUUAAUCAACAAUCACGAUUUGGAAAUGAUGAAAUUGAUCAUAAAUUCACAAAUUUGACAAGUUCUAUUAGUAAUAAUAGAGAUAAAUUAAGUGGAAGAUCUUAUAAAGAUGUUCGAUUUAGUGAUCCACCUUCGAUUAGAUCUAAUCAUACAAGAUUUGAUAAAUAUCUUGAAUCAAGAAAUGGUAGAGCUUAUGGGAUUAAAUCAAGAGAGGAAGAAAAAGAAGAAGAAAGAUUAAGAUCACCUAUUAAAUCAUUAAAUAAUGGAAGAACCCUUAAAAAUAAAGAUUAUUCAAGAGAUAGAUUAUCAAUGUAUUCUACAUUAGGAAGUACACCAAUUAGAAAUAAAUAUAAAGUUUCAAAAAAAGUUCCAGAUGAUAAACAAUCAGGGAUUAUAUCUAGAUUAGUUAAUUAUUUUACUCAUCAUGAUGAGGAACAAGAAGAUGAAGAUGUCAAAUUGUUGAAAAGAACAGCUAGGAAUGUUUUAGAUAUUGAUCCAGUACAAGAUGUUUUAGAUCAAAGUUAUGAAGAUAGAAUAAGACGUGAAUCAAGAAUCAGAGAAGAACAAGAACGUUUAAAACUAGAGGAAAAAUUAAGAAUUCAACAAGAAGAAUAUAGAUUAAGAUUUGAACAGGAGAAGAUUUUAUUUGAAGAAAGAAAAAGACAAGAUGAAGAGAGAUUAAGAAAUGAACAAGAAAGAUUUAAAAUUGAAAAGGAACGUUUCAAUUCAGAUAUUGAACGAUUGAAAUUAAAAGAUAAUGAAAAGAUAUUAAAAUUAGAAAAAGAAUUAAAUGAUUAUCGUAAACAAUUAAAAGAUGCUAAAUUGGAAAUUAAUUCAAAAGAUACAGAGAUUCAAGAACUUCAUUAUCAAAUUGAUGAUUUGAGUGAAAAAUGUGAUUCUUUAGAACAUUCUCAAAAUGAUAAAUUAACCAUCAUGGAUGAAAAACAAAGAAAACUUUUAUUUGAAAUUAAAAAAUUAAAAGAUAAAUUGGAUGCUAAGAAUAAAGAGAAUUCAGCUUUAAGAUCUGAAAUUGAAGAGUUUUUAAACCUGAACUUUAAAUAA